UUAUUAGCAGGUUUUGAUCUAUCGGAUGCAGGAGGAAGAGAACAAAUACAUAGGAGAAGACUGGAAAAGAAGAGAAGUGAUGAAAAAAAUAGAAUAAAAAUGAAAAUAUAAAGAAACAAAUGACAUGAGUACAAUACUCGAUGAUACAUCGUAGACUUAGUCGUGUUAGCCGAGCCUUUAGACUCCUCGUGGGGCUAGAGAUAGCUUUAACGGGGGGAUCCGCGCACGCGAGAAUCCGCGUAAACUUGUGGAGGAGGAACCGUAGUGUGCUGGUAGUUGGCACCAAGAACGUGGAAAUGGGUGAAAUGCUAAUGAGGAUCCACGGAGUUCUCAGUCAUCAGGGCGUAUUAGGGGAUGAAAACAGGGCGGAAUUUCCACGCCUCCGAUUGUGGGAUUGGCGGGCGUGCGAAUGGCGGCCUGAGGGGGCGCGUGGCGUUGUGAAGCUUUACUCUCCAACCGGCCAGGCCGGAUCCGUUGGUCGGGCAAUGUUCGCCCCCGUUGGCAAGUGAGUCCCCGAGGAUGGAGCAGCUAACCCAGUUCGUCUCCAAGAGCUUUGACCACGCGAACGCGAAUCGGGAGUCCAUCAGGAAUAAUACACGUACCGCCAAUCUUAUUUGUAGUCCCACUUCUGGUACCAUUACACUUAGUGUUGCUCAUCUUAUUGGCUCCAUUGACAAUGCGUCUUCUACUGAUUCCAAUGGUAAACCAGCUCCAGAUCAGUCGUCAGACGAUUCACCCGUCGAGGAACGACAUCACUCAUCCUCACCAGAGUCGCGACUGCAGCCUGAAGACCUGUCAGUCGCCACCAAAGUCACCAAGGAGUCGACGAAACAAAAUACCGAGGUAUCAUUGCCUCCUUUGAAGACUCCAGAGCUCAAAUUGUCGGUGAGAAAACUGCUGGGCUGCAGUCCGUCGCCGCCGCCGGUCUCACGAGACACAUCACCGAGUAGUCCAAUCAACGUUCAAGAGACCAAAGUAUCCUCGCCUCAGCCAUUCGAUUCAAGGAGUGACAAAUCUUCUCGGAAAAUCCUCGUCGAGGACAAUACAAAAGGUUCCAACUGUCGUAGCAGUGGAAGUACUGGCAGUGGAGGUGGAGGUGGGAAUGGUAAACAGAGAAGAUCGAGGACAAACUUUACUUUAGAGCAGUUAGCUGAGUUGGAACGACUCUUCGACGAGACACAUUAUCCUGAUGCAUUUAUGCGAGAAGAAUUGAGCCAGAGAUUGGGCUUGAGUGAAGCACGUGUUCAAGUUUGGUUUCAAAAUCGUCGUGCCAAGUGUCGCAAGCACGAGAGUCAAUUACACAAAGGUGGAAUGGUCUUAGCACCAAGAAGUCCGCCAACUUCCUUAGAACCAUGCAGAGUAGCGCCUUAUUUACCAGCACUGCGACUCCAUCCUCCAUCAGUACAAUCGUCAACGAAUGUCAGUGCAAAUACUUCAACUUCAUCCGCGUUUGAUCCAGCGGUACUUCACUAUGCAGCAGCUGGUGGUCUUUUCUGUUUACCGCCUUCACACCCUCAAGUACAUCCGCUGAGCUUAGCGGCUUCUUUCGCCGCGGCCGCUGCGCGCUCCAAAAACAGCAGCAUCGCCGAUCUCAGGCUAAAAGCAAGACGACAUCAAGAAGCCCUGGGACUUGAUAGGCCUGCGUAAGACUCAAUUACUUUUAAAAAUUUAUUUUGUUCAAUAUUAUUACCUGUUAUAACGAUUAAUAUUAUUAGACAGCGGUACUGUGAUGAUUUACGUAUAUUAUUGUAUAAAAUUAUUGGCAGGAGUUCGGAGUGGGAUUUUUUUAGGAUUGUAACUGAUGCAUUUUAACAUUGAUUAAUUAAUUAUAAUUAUAAUUUUUCGAAUGCACUCGCAUCUUCUGUAUUAAAUAUCAAUUAAGUAGAAGAAAAAUCGAGUCCCUGAUUGAGAGAAGCGAUUAGAAAAGAUUAAAAAAAAUUGAAUAUUUUAUAAUAUUGCAAUUAAA